UCCAAGCCUGAAAUCAUCAAUCGUCCAUUAGAAUGGUUGAUGUGCAACAACUAUGAGAACUGUUCCCUCUACUACUGCCAUGGAUGAUGUUGUCUGUCAGCGCUGAGCUCUCUGAUGCACUAAAUGAAUGAACAUGCACUGGAAGACCUGAGGAUCUUUGCUGCCUUGUCCUUGCCAUCAGUAAUCUGCUUCUCAAGGAAAAAAUGGUGAGCAAGGAGGCCAGCAAAUGCAUAGUCACCAACUCCGAGUCGGACUCUGAGGCGGCCCCGUCGUUGUCCCUGGAGAUGAAGUACUCCCUGGAUGCUAGCAGACAUGUACGGAAGAGGAACAAGGCCCUGCAGGUGCGCUUCAAGGACAUCUGCGAGGCCCAGAAUGAGCAGCGCGAGGCAGCUUGCCAGGCGGCCGGGAAGGGCGGCAGAACUGCCUCCUGCCGGGCUCCGUACCGCAAAUACAUGACGGUACCGGCGCGGCGCUCCAUCCCCAACGUCACCCGGAGCACAGGCGUCCAGACCUCGCCCGACCUCCGGAAGCGCUACCAGACAUUCCCCUUCGAGCGUAAGAAGGGCCACACUUUCAAACAUGCCGCCACAGUGGAGAGUUUCAAAGGGCACAGCAACGGUUUGGCCGCUACCAGGAAAGUUCCGGAAACCACGGUGGGCUCAGGAGAGGCCAUGCAGUCGGUGGGGAGGGGUGUCUAUCGGACGCAAGCGCUGCUCCACACGAACAACUGCACGGUGGCAGCGGAGCCAUUCUCCACCGCCGACUGUCCGGACGGACCGACGAGCCCGGAAUCGGAGGUGAGCUGCCCCGAAGACAAACAGUACUUACCAAAUGUUUUGGACUCCAGUACAAAUGCAGAGUACCACGUAUACGGUCCUGAGACCGGGCACCAGAAAGGAUUACAUCGGGGAGAGGGGGAUCCUUACCCGUCUGCCAAGCGGCAGCUGUUAAACUUUGACGAGGCCCCCGGCGCACCACGUAAAGACCCGGCGGCGGGUGUGACCGGGCCCAUCGCAUGGAACUCCCUGACGCAGGUGGAGUGCCUGGAGAGCCCGUCUGCGCAGGGCAAGCGCAAAAAGGGACCGCAGCUCAAUGGGCUGCAGAUGCAGUCGCAAGCCGCGCCCCCCGCCGCCUGUCACGGCACGCAGCUGCGGUGCCAUGCGGCCGCGUUCGCUUCCCACGCCCUGCAGGGUGCCGAGGCGGCCAAGGCCCUAUCCAGGGCUGCCACGGGAGCGCCCGAGCCGUGCCACCAGAUCGUGCCCGUCGCUCAGGACGGGGACCUUAAAGCACAGCUCCAGGUGAUGGAGAACCUGAUUAGCUCAAGCCAGGAGACCAUCAAAGUGCUUCUGGGAGUCAUUCAGGAGCUGGAGAAGGGAGAAGCCCACAGGGAGGGUCUCUCCUAUCGAACCGGACAGGACACGACCAACUGUGACACGUGUCGAAACAGCGCGUGCAUUAUUUACAGCGUCGAGCUGGACUUCAAGCAACAGGAGGACAAGCUGCAGCCUCUGAUGAAGAGGCUCUGUCCAAUGGACGACACACAGCUCCCAUCUCUGCCUUACUCCCACGAAGCCUUCACCUCCACGCCCAAACGCAAGUCUAAAACAGAGUCCAAGAAGCAUGCCCGCUGGAAACUCUGGUUCCUUUGAAAGCCUGCUUUCUUGAUUGUUCCGUCUGCAGUUUUGGUUCUGAAAUAAACAAGCCCAGUCGGUUUUAAAAUUUUAUUUUUUUACUCAAAGAAAGGAUAUCAGUUGUCCCUUCUUACCCUGGAUAUUGACACCAAACAGUGCUGAACUAGAAAAAACGUUGUUUAUCUUUGCUUAAAAACAAGUGAAGAACUCACGGAGUCUUCUAUUUUUAUCGCAUUCACCUAAAAAAAAAUGGAUUCGCACUUGUGAUUAAUUUGCAGAAGCAUGGCGUGAAAUUUCACCAUGCACAACUUAUUUGCAGAUCGGCAAGGUGAGAACCAAAUUGGAUUAACGUUCAUCCAUCUAUUUAUUUAUUCAUUUCAGACAGAAGUCUUUCAGAGUGAAUUUUUUUGUUGUUUUUGAAAAAUGUCACGGUGGUCAUGAUUUAUUUACGAGUUUGCUGCCAUUGUUUUGCAUUUCAUUAUCCUGGGUUCAUCUACACAUGGGCAGUACGCUAAGCACGAGGGAACCACAGACUUUUCAGGCAAAGCCUUGGUUUUUGUUCAAAACCUCCCCAACAGCACAUGAAAACAUCACGGCGAAGCACAACUUACCUUCUACGGAGGUCAAAUGGACGGAUGUUUCCAUAAGGGAAUGCAGUGUGCACAAGACAUGCAGAUACAUAUGUUCACAUGCGUUAACACACUGAGAGAGAGAGAGAGAGAGAGAGAGAGAGAUGUUUUUCUCUGGCAAACUGUUUUUCUGGAAACUGUUGUUUCUGGGAUUUUUUCCCCAAUUUUCUCUGAGGACAAACUACAUUUCUGGUGGCUUCAUGGACAGAAACAAACCAAAAGAAGCCCACAGUGAAAAUGUCAUUCAUACUUUGAAGAAUAAAAAUCUUCACAUACCUUGAAUUUGCAGUCAUUCACUGAAAAAAAUAAGAAAAAAUUGCGACUAUUUUUAUAUAAUACUUAGGUUAGGCAUCUCAGUGUAUUUUCUGAACAAUAAAAGUAUAUAAAAUAGGAAUAUGUUAGCAAACGUCAAACUUAAUUUUUUUUUUUUGCUUUAUUAGACUCUGGUAAUAAAAAAAAGAUUUGUGAACUGUAUUUUAUUAAGGUUUACGACCUCUUGAAUUUAACUGGAAUUUGCAAACAAGUUUAAAACAAAUAUUUAAGCUUUAUUAUGACACUUCUUGUUUUUAAAUAAUCAAUGAAACUUUCUGUCAAAUGACAAGCCGACCCAUUUACCUCUAACAGGAAAAUGCACUGAACUGAUGCCUAUUGCUUUGGUCAGCUUGUCACAUAUACUGGUGAUCUGUUGUCAUUUUCUCUCACUGUCCAGACAAAUCAAAUUUGAAUCAGCUGUUAUUGUAUUACUAAAUGAUGUAAUCUGAGAAAGACCCUCAAAAGAUUUUUAUAGCAUCAUAGUGGAAGGGCCAUGAUGCAUCGUUUAUUGUUAAAUUCAACUGGUUUCGCAUUUAAGUACAUCAAUCUUAAAGUAAGAUUAACGAUAGUGAUAUUCCUGUUACAGUACCAAACAGGUGACAUGAUUAAUCUGAUUUUAAUCUCUUUUUAUGGUUAGAUAACAAACAACCAUUUGAUGCAGUCAUUUAUUUUUACACUCAGCUACUCUGAUUAAAUAUUUUUUUACAAUAAAUACUUCCAGCCAGAAAUUCUAUGUCCAGUGGCCAUUUUAUUAGGUACACCUGCAUGUUAAUGCAAACAGCCAGUCAUAUGACUGUGACUGAAUACAUACAGGAAGCAGACAGGGUCAAGAGGUUCAGUUAUGGUUCUAGGUUCUCAGAAACUGCCACCUUCCUGGGAUUUUUACACCCUACAGUGUCUGGGGAUUACAGAGAGUGGCCUGGUGAAGCAAAAGCCUCCUGUCACCGGCAUUUCUGUGGCUGAAAACAACCUUGUUUGUGAGAGAGAUCAGAGCAGAACGGCCAGACUUGUUAAAGCUAACAGAAAAGCCACGAGUACUGUGCAGAGUGGCUUCUCUGAACAUAAAACUCAUCUACUCUUGUAGUGGUUCUGGAGGCAAAAGUGGGUCCUAGCCAGAAAUAGUUGGAUGUACCUAAUAAAGUGGCCACUGAGGGUAUAUGCUGUGGAAAAUCUAACAGGGCUACCAAAAGAGCAAAGACUGCUCAUGUUUUAACAUGAAACAUCUUCAGAACUUCAGAGGUUCAUGGAUUUUUUCAUUUUUGGUUUUAUAUUUUUUUGAUUUUGAGAAACUCCGUAAAGAGCCCUGCUGGGUAAUGGGUCAGUAACUCAGUUUUCACACUAAUCCUAUGCUUUUGGCUGUUCCUUCACUCUACACACCAAUACAAUUGUACAUGAAGGGUUCUGUAAUACUUGUACUGUAGCAAAGAGAGACGUGUAUCUGUAACAGGAAGUGCAAUUGAUUUAAU